GCUCAUCAUCAUCAUCCCCCUACAGGCUCACCAUCACCCCGACAGGCUCACCAUCAUCCCCUUACAGGCUCACCAUCAUCCCCUUACAGGCUCACCAUCACCCCGACAGGCUCACCAUCAUCCCCUACAGGCUCACCAUCACCCCUACAGGCUCACCUUCACCCCUACAGGCUCACCAUCAUCCCCCUACAGGUUCACCAUCACCCCUACAGGCUCACCAUCACCCCGACAGGCUCACCAUCAUCCCCCUACAGGCUCACCAUCAUCCCCCUACAGGUUCACCAUCACCCCUACAGGCUCACCAUCACCCCUACAGGCUCACCAUCACCCCUACAGGCUCACCAUCCCCUCUACAGGCUCACCAUCACCCCUACAGGCUCACCAUCCCCCCUACAGGCUCACGAUCACCCCUACAGGCUCACCAUCACCCCUACAGGCUCACCAUCCCCCCUACAGGCUCACGAUCACCCCGACAGGCUCACCAUCACCCCUAUAGCCUCACCAUCACCCCUACAGGCUCACCAUCACCCCUACAGGCUCACCAUCACCCCCUACAGGCUCACCAUCAUCCCCCUACAGGCUCACCAUCACCCCGACAGGCUCACCAUCAUCCCCUUACAGGCUCACCAUCAUCCCCUUACAGGCUCACCAUCACCCCGACAGGCUCACCAUCAUCCCCUACAGGCUCACCAUCACCCCUACAGGCUCACCUUCACCCUACAGGCUCACCAUCAUCCCCCUACAGGUUCACCAUCACCCCUACAGGCUCACCAUCACCCCGACAGGCUCACCAUCAUCCCCCUACAGGCUCACCAUCAUCCCCCUACAGGUUCACCAUCACCCCUACAGGCUCACCAUCACCCCUACAGGCUCACCAUCACCCCUAA